AUCCUCUAUCCCUAACCCACUGCACCUACUGCCACUGCGAACGCGUACACAUCCACUUCACAUUUGAAUCGACUAUCUGCUGGCCCAGAUGACCCAAUACACCCCCCACGUCUUCUCAUCGAACGGUUCCGAUUCUUCCAAUGUAACCCAAUACAUGCCAAACACCAGCGUGUAUAUGGGUCAAUUUCCCUGGCCCCAGCCUGCAUGCAUUCCUAAUUCAGGUGUCUACUACCCGUACGGUAUGCCAGCUAACGGGGCGCAUAGCGUCCCUCCCCCAUACGUGCCUGUCGCACCUUCGCCUGGUGCGGGUGUUGGAGUGGCGCAUCACGUGUCUCAAGCGGCACAAAACAGUUACCAACCCCCUGUACUAGCCAAUGUCUCGUAUGCCACUCAUGUUGGUCCAUACCCACCACUGACUGCUGCUGCUCCCUCACAAGACCUAUCCGCGCCACCCCUGUACCACCAACCCUUCCCAUCGAUUUCUUUUUCAGGAGGCACAAACCCUUACGCUGCACCCAUACCGCACCAAGGAUACUUCCACCAGCAUCACGGGCCUGGACUUGCGACGGGCUUUGUUUCCUCGUCUCUCCCUCAAGCACCAAGUUUUUCGGUCAGUCAAAAAUGCAUUGCGGAAGACCUAGACCGCCACAUCAAACAAAGCAAAAUAGUCCCCGGCGGGAUGAAGAACGACCCGUUAUUUACGCCUGUGUUAGAUGAACUUGGUCAGCCCAAAGGGACAUUCGUGUGUUCUAGGGACGGCAUGAUACUCAAUCCUGAGAGCUAUCUGAGGCACAUCAGGACAAAAAAGCACCUAGGCUUCAAACUAGAGAAAUUUAAAUGCCAUCAUUGCUCCAAAACGUAUACGAGACGCGAUGCUUACAAGAGACAUUUCGUCAAUGGCAAGUGCGAGCAGUCGACAGCCGUGGACGCUUCUUCAGAAUACUCAACUAGUGAGAACUCCACGAGUUCUGCUUCUGCUGCGCCUGUGACACCUACCAUGGCGUUCACGUGUUCUUACCCAUACCCCAUGCUCGCCACGUCGAUGUCCCAGAAUAUGCAGAUUGCACCCCCAGCAACUUAUAUUACGCAGUCGUGUGGAACGCCCACUGUCGUGGAUCCUGUUCUUUGCCUCUCUCAAUCAUCACGGACUAGCAUGAUCGCAGAACCCGAAGAAGAAGAAGAUGACGACGACGACGACGACGACGCUGAGUUUUGGGAGGGUAAUGAGAUAAAGGACAUCUAGGAGACGUAGCUAUAUUUAUACUCUGCUGCUGAAUAUUUUCUUGUUGUAUUAUCUGUUGUCAUUCAUCCAUGUUCUACCAACUACACACUUCCAUUAUAUUCUUCGUUCAUUCAUACAAUCGUGAUCGCUAUUAUCCUUAUCAUUAUUGUUAUCAUCAUCAUAGUGAUUUGAUGAUUCAUUGGUCGUAAUACACACAUUCCUUGCAUAC